AUGGACAAUAAUGACUUACAAAAUAUUGACGAUGAUAAUAGCAUUCACGAAGAUGAUACAGAAUCGGAAAGUACACAGAGUAGUGAAGAUGAUCAGAGAGAGCGGAGACCUUUCGAUAUCACAUUACCAUCAACUCAUCAAUACUUACGAUUAAAUGGAAAUGAUGAUUUACCGCAUGGUUUCAAAAUAGAAGAUGCUGGAAAAGUGAUAACAGUAUCAAUUUUGGAAAUGCCAAUCGUUUUGCUACCUAUGCAGUUGCUUCCAUUCCAUACCGAUUAUCCAUUACUUGUGUCGCAGCUCCAACAUGCAGCUCAAGAAAAUGAAUAUAUAGCAUUAAAACCGAAAUUGGAUAACUUUGAUACGGAUAUUGCAACAUUAAUUCAGGUUCGAAGUUUACAAGAAAAUGAUGGUGGAAUUUCUGUGCAAGCAAUAGGCCGUCAACGUUGCCGAAUACUUAAUCGACGAUCCGCCAUUAACGGUAUGCCGUAUGGUGAGGUACUGGUUUUGGAAGAAAGAGAGUUACCACUUUUCUCUCAAGUAUUAGUGCCCACUUCGUUUGCUCAUAUGCGACCUACAAAAAGUUUACGGUAUUUUUCGGCAAUGACAUCACAUUCAUAUUACGCGUUGAAGAUAUCAUUGACGAAGCAUUAUAUUGAUGAAAUUGCCAAGUGGCUUUAUGGUUGGCAUGUGUAUGAAAAAGUUAAACGUGUUCUUUCUCAAGGACCGACGGCAUUGAGCUAUUGGGUAGCUGCAAAUUUACCAAUUGAUAUGGAAAUGCGCUUACGCUUGCUGGAUGAGCCGUGCACUGAUAGAAGAUUAAAGGAUGAAUAUGGCAUAAUUAAUCGUGUGAAUCAUUUCACCUUUCCAAGUAUCGAUGUCAUUGUUUGCAAAAAUUGUGGCACACUAUUGUGUAAUAUGUCACAAAUGAUUAGUGUAUCAACGGAGGGAAACAGUGCACAUUACGUUAAUCCAGGUGGUUAUGUACAUGAUUUAUUUACCGUAUCAGAAGUAGUUUCAACGGUACCACGCGGAACACCGUCAGACGAAUGCUCCUGGUUUCCAGGUUACAAAUGGACUAUUCGCGAAUGCUCGCAUUGUGGGCAGCAUGUUGGUUGGCGUUUUACCAGUUCAAAUUUGUCACCACGGUCGUUCUACGGUUUGACGCGACGUUCAAUUCGACCUGCUGAUUCACGACGUCCAAUUACUUCCACUAUUCAACGUAUUGAACAAUUAGCCAUUAUCUGA